GCGACAGAACACAGAGGAAGUGUUUUAUUAAGUCGCAGAUAUAAAACUCAGGCUUUACUCUUAUCUAAGGUGAGUAAAAUCGAUGUGAUACUCUAUUUGACACUCUAAAGCGAACUUAUUUUCUUUUUUGUGUGUCUUUCGUCGUUUUCAUGUAUGUUUCUUAACCAAGGAAUAACUGAAGGCUUAUGCCACCAUUGCUGGUCAGUGCAGUUAACACUGAUAACUUAAACGUGUCAAAACAGUCGUAACCUGUCGAUUUACUCCUUAUUUGGUAACCUUGCGCACCUGUAAAUCACGCCCUCUUCCGGAUCAUGAUCCGUCUGUAGUGAAUAAAAACGAAACCAACAGCAUCGUUGGAGCUAAAGAGACUGAAGAAUACAGUCCUACAGGCUGAGAGCUGACUUACAAUGAUUGACUUCUCAUCUCUGUCUGUGACCUGGACCCUGGUGGUUCUGGUCAUAACUCUCCUGUUUAUUUACGGUGUUUGGCCACAUGGAUUUUUCAACAAACUGGGAAUUCCAGGACCAAGACCUUGGCCUUUCGUUGGCACAUUUCUCUCAUACUCUAAAGGUUUGUUUAAUUUUGAUAUGGAGUGUGCUAAGAAGUAUGGAAAAGUUUGGGGGAUUUAUGAUGGAAGACUCCCAAUAUUAAUGGUCACUGACCUGGAAAUGAUCAAAACAAUUAUGGUGAAAGAUUGUUAUUCUACCUUCACUAACAGAAGAGAUACAAAUCCGGACCUGGCUGGCCCCUUUGCUGAUGGAAUAACUAUAGUUAAAGAUGAGAGAUGGAAACGAAUUCGUGCUUCACUUUCUCCAUAUUUCACAAGUGGACGACUGAAGGAGAUAUUUCCCAUAGCUGUGACACAUGCAGAUCGUUUUAUUAAAAACAUGCAAAAGCGAGACCACGAGCAGCCAGUUAAAACAAAAGAAGUUGUCGCUCCAUAUAGUUUGGAUGUCGUCACCAGCUCCUCCUUUAGCGUUGACAUCGACUCCAUAAACAACCCGGAUGAUCCUUUCGUUACUAACAUCAAGAAGUUUUUCCAGUUCAGUCUGUUCAGUCCUCUCAUUCUGCUUUUAACUUUAUUUCCCUCCAUUGCAAAUCUUUUGGGAAAAAUGGGGAUAAGUCUUUUUUCAAGGUCGUCUAUGGAUUUUUUCUACAAUACCUUGAGAAAGAUUAAGGACGAGCACAACAAGAAACCAGAUGGUCGAGUAGAUUUUCUCAAGCUCAUGAUCCAGAAUCAAAUACCUGAUGAUCAAGCUAAGGACGAUACAAGUGACCAGCCAGCAAAAGGGCUAACAGAUCAUGAGAUUCUCUCACAGUCCUUCGUUUUCAUCCUCGGAGGUUAUGAAACUACAAGCUCCACUCUCACUUUCCUCCUCUAUAAUCUUGCGACUAAUCCAGACUCCCUGGAAAAGCUGGUUGAGGAGAUUGACACAAACUUCCCUCCUGAUACUCCCAUCACAUACGAUGCAUUGAUGAAAAUGGAUUACUUGGAAAUGGCCAUCAACGAAUCAAUGCGUCUCCUUCCCACUGCCCCACGCUUAGAAAGGGUCUGUAAGAAGACUGUGGAGAUCAAUGGCGUGACAAUACCAAAAAACACUCUGGUUGGAAUUCCUACAUGUGUUUUAUAUCGUGACCCGCAGCUCUGGGAUUCUCCUGAUGAGUUCAGGCCGGAGAGGUUCAGCCCAGAGAGUAAAUCAGAGAUUAACCAGUACGCUUUCAUGCCUUUUGGACUCGGGCCUCGGAAUUGCAUUGGAAUGAGAUUUGCCCUAAUGAUCAUGAAACUGCUUGUUGUGAAGCUUCUUCAGAACUUCACUGUGGAAACAUGUAAAGAGACACAGAUCCCUCUAGAGAUGAAUGUUAUUUUUCAGCCGAAGGUUCCCAUCACACUGAAGUUUAUUCCAAGACCUCACAAGGAAAAACAAUAAUUAAAAUACUGAUCAUUUCAACAUAAUUGCGUAGAUGUUAUACAAGUUAUAUAGUAUAAGAAAAACUGCAUACAGUAUAGUUUCAUUUUAAAAAAUAUCAUAGAUAUAUUUACUGCCUUUUUUUUUUUUUUUACAUGCUUUUAGAUUUAUGGUGCUCAUGGUUUGCUGGGCCUUGACCUCUUCCUGAUUCAUUCAUGUUUUACACAGUUUGGAAUGUAAAAAUAAUACAUUAUUAAAAAAUGUAUAAUUGUACACAUUUAAUUAACAAAAUAUAAGCAAUGAAUGCAAAGUAACUUGUUGUUAUUGUAUCUGUAAAUGACAAGUGUUCAUUUGUUACCCAAUAAAUUUCAAAUUAUUUCAAAUUA